AUGGCGUCGCUGUCCGACAGCGAAACACAGACCGCGAAGAAAUGCCGCUUUGAGAUAGUUGACCCCGCUGUGAUGCCUGCACCACACAUUAACCCUGUCCUGCGUUUGGCCAUUUACAUAUACUAUAUUCUUAGUUCUGGUUGCAUUUACUGGGGAUGGAAUGGCAUCCAAGAAAUUCUCUACAAGGCUGGUGCCUUUGCGGAGUUAUGCAAGGCUGGUGAGGGAGCAACCACAAAGAUUAUCUACGAUGUGUCAUACACUGCCAGGGAAGGUGGCAUCAACAACCUGUACACGCUGGCUUAUUCCACCCACUUCAUCUGCUCUUUUGUUAGUGGAUGGUUGUUGGAUCGUUUCGGUCCUCGUGUUUGCUUCAUGACCGGCCACUUCAUUUCAGGGUCGGCAUGGCUUCUCAUUUUCUGCUUUCCGACCAACGGCCGUUUGCUGCAGUUCGCCUUCGUUCUUGUAGGACUGGCCUGUGAAGCCUGCUACAUCCCCAUGUUGUCAGUGAGCAAGUAUUUCCCGACUGCAUCUUCCACUGUGAUUGCAAUCAUGGGAGCGUGUCGUUCCCUUUCAUUUUUCGUACCUACCCUACUAGCUUUGAUAUACCACAAAAGUGGCGUAGGAAGUGAAAUGCUUUUCGCUGUAGGUAUAGGUUACCUCCUCGUUGCGAAUGUCUUAUGUUUCGUUUCCGGGUUUUUCAUACUUCCCAAAGUUAUCCCUAUUGCCCCAUCUGAAAAGGAUGCACGGACCGAAAUGGAGUCCACUCCUGCGUGCGAAGUUGUCACGGAUUCUGCAGUUGCAGAAUCCGAGGACAAGAAAAGUUUGACCAUCAUCGACAGUAUCAAGAAUGGCUUCAAGAGUCCAUUACUGUUGGAGUUCCUCGUUCUUGGUCUUUCUGUUGCCCUUUUCAUGCCGUCCAUUGAGUUUGUCAACAAAUCUCAAGGUAAUCUAUUGGUGGCAUCCAACGGCGGCGAUGCUACCGGGGUCUUCAAAUACUUUAAUAUCGCCACAUUCGUGCCUGGACCCUUCUUGGGCGCCGUAAUGGACAAAGUCGGCCCGGCUAUUGUGAUGAAUUUAUUGCACAACUGCGCUAUACUCUAUUACGCCUGCGCUGCGUUCGACAUUUACGCCAUGAAGAUUGCGGCGUGCUGCUGCUAUUUGAUUGCGGGUUCUCUGUGCAUAUCUACGGCGUACUGUUACGUUAACACCCGAUUCCCGUCGCAAUACUUCGGUACAUUGGUGACCAUAAUUUUCGGCGUCGCUGGUCUGUUUUCACUACUAAACAUUCCCAUCUACAACUGGGGGUUGACUCUGAAGGCGGAUAUACCUCAGCAAAGAUUCCGCCCCCUGGCGUUUUUGUUUAUGGGAUACAUGGGACUUGCAAGCGUGAUGAGUGCGAUAUUAAUAUACAUUUCUGUCAUCCGUCCGAAAAGGAUGGCCGCAUUGUCUAUGGCUGCGGAGUAG